AUGGGAUCCUUGAAUUUAAAGCCGGGGUUCUCACGUCUUUCCAAAUGGACAAACGACUUCAACCCGUACACGCAGAGGCAAACUCAUGCUCAGAUAUGGAUACGUUUAAUGAACUUUCCUCAAGAAUAUUGGCACCGGAGAACACUCUUUGAAAUUGCCAGUGCAAUUGGUACCCCAUUAACACUUGAUGACUCCACCAAAAAUCGUUCUUUUUGCCAUUAUGCUUGUGUGCUUGUAGACAUGGAUAUUUCCAGUAGCAUGUAUGACGAAAUUGUGGUGGAACGUGAUGGCUUCGCGUUCAAGUUGGGAGUUGUUUAUGAAAGACUUCUGGAGUUUUGUAAUCACUGCAAGAUUAUUGGUCAUAAUAUAGAAAACUGCAAAUGGCUGCAAUCUCAACAAGAGAAACACGCGGAAGACUAUGGCAAAAUCAAGACAGAAAAAGCUAAGACAGUGAGUACACAAUAUGUUGCUAAGGCCAAGCCAAUGGAUCCUCCUAUAGAUGAAGCUAAGAAGAUUGACAAUGUGGUUGAUUUGGUGGCCUCUCCUUAG